AGCGCAGAAUGAUCACAACGAACUACCAGUUGCCACCUCAAAAACUCGGAAAUUUGAAUCCAGAACAAGUUCCAGUUGAAUUUGUGAGAGCGAAAAAUGUUGGAGACGCUGAAAAAACAGAAAUGUCUCAGAAAAGAGAUGAUGUGCAAAGAGCUUCAAACUCGUCAAUUAAUGACUCUGGAUUCGGCUCAGAGUAUCGAAAAGUCAUCGAAAAAGCAAAAAUCAGGGAGAAAAAGAAAAUAAAAACGGAAAAUCCUCAAGAAGAUGCUGAGAUAAUAAUUUUGGAUGAUGACGACUUUGCAAUUGUGAAAAAUGAGCCUUCAACUUCACAUUCCAAUUUCAAUGUUAGAGAUGUUAAUGGAUUUUUGAAAGCUGCAAAAGAUGGAAAUUUAGAAGAAAUAAAACGAUACUUGGAGAAAAAAAUUCCCAUUGACGUCACAGACUUCUACGGUUGGACAGCCACAAUGUGUGCAGCAGGAGAAGGAAAUUUCGAGGUAUGCAAGCUUCUUCUCGAGCACGGAGCCGAUCCGGGUGUCCGAGACUCACACAGCUUGGGAAUUGUACAAAUUGCACAGAAAAACGGGAAAAAUUAUUUUGUGAAGCGACUUUUUGACUAUUUCUGCAAUGGUGACACUCCAUCCACAUCAUCUGAGCCUGAAACACUGACAUUUUGCGAGCUUUGUGAUGUUUUUAUACCGAAAAACGCGUCUUCAACUCACAUUUCUUCCAUCACUCAUCAACUCAAUGAUCGAAAUGCUCCUGGAGCAGCACCUCAAUCUGGAAUUCAAAUUGGACCAUCAAACAUCGGAUAUAGAUUGAUGUGUGCAUCUGGUUGGACAGAAGAACAAGGUCUUGGAAGAAAUUCUGAUGGUCAAAGAUUUCCGAUUCGAACGAUCCUGAAGAGAAAUCGAGCGGGAUUAGGAGCUGAAAAACUUGUGAAAAAAGUCACACAUUUUGGACCAUUCGAUCGAAAUGCUGUUAAAAACCUGAAAGUUGCAAAGGUGCCAACUACGAAGAAGGACAUAAUUAAACAAAAAUUAAAGGAGGAUCGAAUCGCUAAAAAUUUUAGAGCAGAUUUUGCAGAUUCGGAUAGUGUUUAUGAUUACUUUCAUGGAAAAUGCUGAAUAAACUGGUUCAUUAUUACUG